UUGUUAGUCCUCAAGAUUCAUCCAUCCUUUUCGCCUGCGAUGGCAGUAUACCUAGUAAAGUGCCUUCAAUAUGGGUUGCGGACGUCUGGAAAUUUGCGUCGACUCAUUCGUAUCUGCUGAGAAUGCAAUCCGCAGAGUAGGUGUUUUGGUGGCUUUCCUUACUCUGUCUAGUAUCGUUUGGUUUACAGGCGCAGAUCACUCAGACGAGAAUUUCGAGUUCGAUCUCGACCAGCUCGUCAAUCAACUAUCAGAAGAAGAGCAUACGCAACAGCCCACCUUGCCCUUCUUCAGGAAGCACAUCGCCAGUGAAUGCGAGUUUCAUGAGCUCUUCCAGAAACAUCCUGACCAAUUCAGUGAAUGUUCCAUUGCUGAACAGAAUCUUGUCGGUGUAGCAGUUGGUGCUCAGUGUAGAGACAGAAAGAUCCCUUUUACUAGCACAUUUGCUGCUUUCUUCAUUCGAGCUUGCGACCAGAUUCGUAUGGCUGCUGUAUCAUUUGCAAAUCUGAAAUGUGCAGGUUCGCAUGUUGGUGUCUCAGUUGGUGAAGAUGGUCCAAGUCAAAUGGCACUUGAGGUAUGA